UGUGAGAACAGGCAGGAGAGAAAUUCAUCCGGUGACGAAGAAUGAAGGGAUAUUAUUGUGUUUCUAGAACGUAUAAGGGAUUAUAAGUACUGAAGGAACAUAUUCAAACUAAGGGAUCUGAUCAUGUAACUCGAGAACAAGCUGCAGUAGCCAAUGGCUGUAGCUGCUACGAUGAAGGUCACCAAAUUUGAUGAGUGCAGCGAGAAGGACCUUGAGUUCGAGCCGGAGCCAGAACCGCGCACGAACUCACGAUGUCCAGAUGGAGGCUGGGGAUGGGUGAUUGUGUUCGCCUCAUUUAUGUGCAAUGUUAUUGUUGACGGUAUAUGUUUUACGUUUGGACAGUUUGUACAAGACAUUAUAACGUACUAUGAUGCUGGUCAUUGGAAAGCGACACUUGUCGGGUCGCUACUGGUGGGAUGCUACUUGUUGGCUGGACCGAUUGGUGGUGCCCUGGCCAAUAGAUUUGGGUGUCGUAAAGUGACAAUAUUCGGGGCAAUUCUGGCUUGCGCCGGGUUCCUCAUCAGCAUGUCUGCGCCCUCAAUAGAAAUCCUGGUCUUGACCUACGGCAUCAUUGCUGGUGCAGGUCUGGGAUUGAUUUACUUGCCAGCCAUAGUUAUCAUAGGUUACUGGUUCGAACGCAAGCGUGCAUUUGCAACAGGUAUUGCACUCUGCGGGUCAGGAAUCGGCACCUUGAUCUUUGCACCUCUAAACAAAUACUUACGGGAGGAAUAUCAUUGGAAACAGUGCACAAUGAUCGUGGCUGGCAUUGUUUUACAGUGUGUCAUUUGUGGUGCUUUGUUCCGUCCACUGGAGCGACCAACAGUAAAACGUAUGAAACGUGGUGUAGUGCAGAGAGGCUCUAUCAUGAAAGCUCUCAUUUUAGAGAAAGAACGACAGCGAACCAUUAGUAACGGCUCUCUAGAUAAUUGUAUCAUCACAAAAGACAAUAGACUUAUCAAAAUUGACAAGAUAGACUUACGAAAUAAGAGUUCUUCAUAUAUUAAUCGACUCAAAGAACACUUAGGUUACAGCUCUCGCAGUUUGCUGCGGAGUAAAAACAGUCUUAUAAUUCAUGGGAAUGGAGUUACCAAUGGUAGUGUCAGUGGAAGUGCAUGUUCCACACCCCAGAGGACGGGAAGCUUUGUUUCAACUCAUCCAUCACUUGUAAUGCCAUCCCCGGAAACUCCACCGUCUGAAGAACCUAAAAAAGUAUCCCCUCAAAAAAGACGAAAACGGGAUUAUGAAAGACGUUUGGAGAGAAGGGACAGUGGUUGUGGAAGUCUGGAGUCUCCAAAAGCAAGGAGUUAUGACGCUCUGCCACAAGACGACCCAUGGGAAAAAUUAUCUCAAGAAGGAUCUUUGAAUACAAAGAGCCUAAGUUCGAACACGCUGAACAGUCAAGACAAUGUUAGUCUGUCAUUGCCUAAUGGAAAGACAAAUGGAAGUUUUUAUAAUGUUGCUGAUAAUAAUGGCAACUCUAGAUCUCAAUCCAACAACCAUUUGUUGCCGCCCCAGUGCAUUCUGGGAUCGUCUGUAAUGACUGUACCACCACAGUACAGUGCUAGUGUGCAGACGAUUGAGAAUUACGAAGAGAGAGACAUACCUGUUUGGAUACAGAGUUUGAGUACGAUGUUUGACUUGUCGCUGUUGAAGGAGAAAGCCUUUGUAUUAUACGCAUUAACCAGCUUCCUCAACAUGCUUGGAUUUUUCAUUCCUUACUUUUUCUUACCUGAAAAAGUGCGUAACAUGCCAAAAGAAGACAGCUCGACUCCUGACCCAGAAUCAUUUGUCCUCGCUGUAAUUGGUCUUUCCAACACUUUAGGCAGAGUUUUGGCGGGAUGGAUCGCUGACAGACCAUGGGCGAACUCAGUGCUCAUUAACAACUUAAGUCUCGUGCUAGCUGGUGUUAUUACAAUUCUUUGUCCAUUCUGUAACACAUACUCGCUGAUGAUUCUGUUUUCUUGUGGAUUUGGCCUGACAACAGCGGCCUUCUUGUCAUUACGUUCCAUUGUCCUUGUGGAUUUGAUCGGGCUGGAGAGACUGACCAGCUCAUUUGGUUUGUUGAUCCUGUUUCAGGGUGUCGCCUCCAUCGUAGGAUCACCAUUAGCUGGUUGGCUCAUGGACGCCACAAAUCAUAUUGAUUCUGUUUUCUACAUGUCUGGAAGCUUUCUCGCAUUGGCUGGAAUUUUGGGAUAUCCUUUAAUGCGGAUGAAACAUCGCCAACCUGCUUUACCUCCCCCGCAGGAUGACGUAGAACAGUAUGGCGAUGUGUCACAGGCACAGAUUGAGUAUGUGAAGCUUGGACAGAAGGAAACGGCUAUGUGAUUGUAUUUUGUGCUCCGUCACAAGGUGACAUUUUUAACUGUGGUUUGCCUGUGUUGCGGAAUUUUUCCAGGGACGGAACAAGACAACAGAUACUAGUCUACUUACUUCGUUGUGUAUGUGCGUUUAUGUAUAACUGACGACCAAUAUUGACUUGAAUGUUGUGAGGGUCUGGGAUACAGAAAGUCAAAUACCAGAAUUGGUUGACAGUGAAUUACGGAAACAGAAAUGCCAGAAUGAAAACAAAGUUGUUGGAUCUUUUUUGUUACCAUGGAAACAUGUAGAAAUGAGGAAAACAAACCUUUGUUGAAAAUACUUCAUGGAAACUACUUGAAAACUGAAAGAUGAAAUCUGACUAUGCUGUUCAAGUGUUGUUAACUUUCAGAAAAGUUUGGUACAUUUUAGUACCAGUGGGCUGAGAAUAUCGGUAGAAUACCGAACAAUAUUGUGUCAAGCAUAUUAAUGUUUGUUUACUCUGUUAAAUAGGGCUGUAUAUCAUGGACAGGCAAUUGUGCCAAGGUAUGUAAUGGUUCUGGAGACAGGUGAAGACUUACCAUGUUAACGUGGUUAUAAAUAGACUAGAUUUUGUUGAGAUAUCAUCAUAUAUAUAUGUGUGUACAUACAGAAUCACAUUUUAACUUUGACCUCUUUGACAAUAUAUGAACUUUGACCUUUUUACCUCUCACUGAAGAUCAAAAAGUGGACUAGAUGUUCGCAGUCAGUCCAUGUAUUCUUGUUAUAUUGAAUGUUGUGAAAGAGGAAAUGUCAUGGUCUGGCUGAAAAAUCUGUCAGACUCGAACAUUUUUGUGGAGGUUACACUGAUCAACUAUCAAACUUUUUUCAUAGUUGAGGUUUAAUGUGUUAUCUCUUAGGGUCGAUGGAUAAAUAUGCUUACGGCAGGGAACUUUUUUCUUUUAUUGUCUGGUGCUGCUGCACUUGGGUCAAGGGUCAAAGUUGAAGGUUUGAAUUGAUUUGGAAUCUAAGUUGUGAUGUAUUAAGUGAUCGAGGUGACAUCAGCUUGGAAGGACAGGUUGGAAGUUUUGAUGAAUGUGAUGAAUGCUUUAAGACUUAAAAUGUUUAUAUGAUUCUGUCCCCCCCCUCCCCCAGUCUCUGAAACACUUUUUAAACAGUUUUUUUUUUCUUCAAGUUUCUUUUAAUGGAAAAGCUGUUUACAUCCACUAUCAGCAGACAACAAUAUGUAGAUAUGUAUGUUUAUUUUAAGAUACUGCUUUGAGAAAAAGGAGGUGAAAUAUGUUAUGGAUGGACUUACUGCCUUCCUAAAUAUGCUGUUACAUAAAUAGUAACCUCAUCAAAAUUCUGGAUGUGUUAUUCAGGUUUUCAUUAUUCUGAAUUCCUUAAUUAUUGCCAUUGAUGCAUUUUCCUUAUCUAAGAGCUUGACUUCCUCUUGAGUUACUAAUGUCUUUUUAUUUGGAUUUUUUAGAGAAAUUCACUAAAAAUAUAUAUAUUCAACUAAAAAAAAAUUAAUUCAAAAUUCAUGAUUAUUUAUGUUAAAUCAUGCAGUGAAAUUUUUUUGACGUAAAUUUGUUCUGCAGAUUUUGUAUAUGUUUACAUGAUUGUGUUACUUAUGUUGAUAUCCAAUGAAGGUGAGUUUAGAACAUUGUUUGAAGGUCAAGGUCAUGGAAGCUUUCAGCACAUACAACAGUGCCUUUUGUGAUGUGAAAAUGGAUCUGUGCAGAAUGUUGGUGUGUUGGUCUUUGUGACACAGAAGUACAUAAUGAGAUUUUGAGGUGAAAAAAGAACAUGUAACUUGGCAUUAUUUUGUGAUGUUUACUCUGUGAGAUAGAUGUACAUGUUUUUGAUAAUGAACAGAGGCAGACACUUUUUGCUAGUGUUGGGGAAGUGAUGACAGAGACACAUCAGACAUGGAGUGACUAGAAAGGUCCUUAGUAUGGAAUUGUAAAAAUAAAAAAUCUUGUUGCGCAUGCAAAUGAUUAUCACACUCGGGACAUUUGUACAAAUUAAACCAUACAACACUUAUUGAAAAUAUUUCAAAGGGAGACAAUAAACUGAAUGAUAGCAGCGGCUAUACUUUAAACUUCUCUGAAGAAUGUCGACCUGUUUGAUAUAUUUGAAGAACAUGACUUUGAAAGGUGUUUUGUGUACUAGUUGAAAACUGGCAUUUUGCACAGAUUGUGAUGAGAGUGCGGGUGUACUGGUGUAGUUGUGAUAGUACAGUCUGUGCAUUGUUAAAGUAUACAUAUAUAUAUAUAUAUCUUUUUCAAAUAUACAAUUAUGAAUGAUAAUGAGUGUAUUAAUGAAUUCUGAUAUUCAAUUAAGCAAACAAAUGUUACAUGACUUCAUAUGUUUUGCUCAUGUGACUAUUUUUACAUUUCAUUGACCUUUAACCUUGAAAGGUGUGUAGGACAGUCCAGGUCAAGGUUGUUUACAAACUGCAGUGAAACAAGCAGUAUUGGACUUGAUGAACUUUGAUAACCUUUGACACCAAAUUUGAUUGGACUGGGCCUGCUCACCUGAAGGUCAAAGGUUACUGAACACUAAAGAAGGAUAUUUUGAUUUGUGUACAUAUAAAAUACUUUGAGUAGUGUAAUAAAUUACUAGGCUGUUUAGGUAGAUGUUGUUUUUUGGUAUAAAUGUAGCAUUAUAAAGCAUGUCUAUUUCAUAUGUUGUAUUUCAUUUAUAUUGUUUUACUUUGAUAUUCAAUAGAACAGAAUCUUGUCACAAUCCAAGAGUUUUACGUUUGUCCAAAGCUUAUUUUGACUCAAGUUUUUGGUAAUUUCUUUUUCGCGUAAUCUAGGUAUAUAUAUAAAAUAUCUGUAUUUAUUUUUCCGUUGAAAAGAAGUAAACGUUUAUGUUGGAAGAUUGAAGUUAUUGGACUAAAACAAAUCCAUGUCUUAAAGAGUAAUAAAUGAUUGAAUUGUGACAAAGUUCAAAUUGAUUUGAAAACUACUUGAAAAUAUUUCAUGUUUGCUUGAGUAUUUUAGGCUGUAGGCUGUUUUGCUUGUGAUAAUAAGGAUGACUGAGAAUUAGUGCUAAUCACUGUAUGUUAAUUUUUAUGUACCUUCAAAUUUCUUUUUCUUAUUUUAUUUGUUUUUAAAACUGUUUGAAUUGAAGGCCAGACAACCUUUGUUUUACCCAUUUGUGCUUUUUGUAUUUGUAACCUGUUUUUACGCUGUGACACACAUCAUCAAGAUUGUUUCAAUGGCCUUGUGAAAAUGGUACCAAUAGGACAUAAAGAUAAUGCUUCUAGAGGUUUCUAACAAAUCUGUGUUCUUCUCUAUCAGAGGUAAUGCAGUUAAGUUUUGUAAGCUCAAAUAUGGAUGAGAUGUUUUUCAGACAUAACUUGUCUUGUUUCAGUUAUAUACUCACAUAUUCCUACCCUGACAGUAUCUUUCAGUUUCUCCACCUUCAUCAACACUACCAGGCCUCACCUGGUUACCCUAAACUCACCCCUCCCCUACCUCACACCUAUCCCACCAGAUCUCCCUCCCUUUCCCUCGACAUCAUCCCUCCCUCGACAUCAUCCCUCCCUCCAAUCCCUCCCUCGACAUCAUCUCUCCCUCGGCAUAAUUCCUCCCUCCGAUCCCUCCCUCGACAUCAUCCCUCCCUCCAAUCCCUCCCUCGACAUCAUCCCUCCCUCAACAUCAUCCCCCCUCGACAUCAUCCCUCCCUCCAAUCCCUCCCUCGACAUCAUCCCUCCCUCAUUCCACCAGGCCCUGUUUCCCUAACUACUGUUCCCACUCCUUCACCCCAUCUAGCAUUACUGCUUUUACACCUGUCCAUUACAACCCCACUCUCUCAUAACACUUACUGUUUGCCCCUCCAUAGCAGCUCUCCUCUCCAUCCAGGUCCUCUCGUACUUAGCCUGUACCCAACCCCCACCCACCUACCCACACCUUCCACACACCCCCAGCAUUAUCUUUAACACAAUAUCCCCACCCCUACCUCUUGUACUGGUUUGAUAUUCACCCAGGCAACCCAUGUGUCACAUUUUCACAUUUCUUGUCUGAACGCACAGUUUUAUACUAACGAUAUGUUUGCUUUGUAAUGUGAAUCAUGUUUGAAAUUGUGCUGCAAGGACCAUUUGUUAAUAGAAUUGUAGAUAGUUGCACUGUUUGUCAGAUUUCUGCGAAGUGAAUUUUAGCUUACAAACAUUUUCAGGAUGACAAACACUUUUGGUGUGUGUGCAUGGUGACAUCUAUCAACAGUUUUUUUGUUGAUAAACUAUUGUGAAGUACAUAUUCAAACUAUGGUGAAGUACAACUAUGGUGAAGUACAACUAUGGUGAAGUACUAUGGUGAAGUACAACUAUGGUGAAGUACAACUAUGAUGAAGUACAACUAUGGUGAAGUACAUAUUCAAAAGAAAUAAAAAUCUUGGAUACAUUUAGUGCUAUAAUUUAAAAAGUGGGGGUAGCAAAAUAAUUAGACUUAUAACUUUUUCCUUUUUAUAAUUUUUUUCUUUUUUGUUUUAAAGAUAUUUAUUUUAUUUAAGAUGUACUUAAUAAUUCCAAUAUAAAAGGGUUCUUGCAUGGCUUUAUGCAGCUUGAGAAAUUGAUUGGUCAGUUUGUUUAAAAGUAUGAUUGAUUAGUAGAAUAACGUACAUACCUGGAGCAAUCAUUAGUUAGAUAACGUAGUGUUAAGUGUAAGCUAUAAUAGUAAGGUGUAUGUUUAAUUGUGUUUGAUAAGGUACGUAUGUAAGAAGUGAUUUGAUUGGUUGGUUUAUUAGAUAGCUAUGUUGUAUGUUAUUUGAUUGGUGGAAUAUAUGUCUUUUUCAGUGUGAAUGUGCUUAAUUAUGUUUAAAAAGUUCCUUGUCAGGUGCUUGUAACCAUAGAAACACAAACUGGAUGUUGACCAGGUGUCAUGUCAACCCUUCCACCCCUACAUAUGCCAUCAGCUGGUCUAAGAUGAAGCUAAGUCUGAUACAGACACAAAUAUCGAAGUGAGGUUUUCUUUCAAGUUCUCAAUGAAAUUUGUGAUAUAUCAAAUAGUUUUGAAAAUAUGCUUUCAACAUCUUCUCACACAAAACUUUUUUUUUAAUCAUUUUGGAAUCUAUUUAAUACAGGUAUAUUUCGCUUGGUAUGGUUGGAUUUGGAACUUUAAGGUUGUGUAAGUUGCUGUUUGAUCUUGAUAUGAUCAAACGAUGUGGUUUUCGUAUUUGCUUUCAUAAUUGUAUUUCGGGAAUUUUUUUGUGAAAUGUCUUAAAAUCAGCAUUCUGAUAAGUGUAAAGUAUACUUUGUAUGACUUUUGAAUUAAUGAUAUUCAUUUAUGUUAAAUAUCUCCAAACUGAACAUUUAACUGUUUUAUAAAGAUAUUUUGGACAGUUUGGAAGAUAAUGCUGAAAAAAUCAGUUGGAUUUUCCUCGAAAUAUGAUUAUUGAAAGUGUUGUACACAGAAUGAAAAACAGUGACAUAUGUCAUAUGCUUCAUAGUAGAAAAUAGUGGAUUUUUUUCUUCUCAUCAUUUAUGCAGUUACCAGCAUUUGAUUUCCGCUGCCCGUAGUAUCUAAACAUAUAGAAGGCUAAUCAUUUACAGGACGUUUCUGGGUACGUUGACGAAGGAACCAAUCCAUACACUAAUAUUUCAAAGUCGAUCUAUAAUUUGACAUCUUCAUAUUGCAUAUCAUUUGAAUUUUAGACCAAAUGGAUUAAAUGUUCCCUCAAGCGAUCCCCGAAAAAGUCUUCAAAAUUUUGAGUUAUGCGACAAAUCUGACUAACAUAGGGCAUUAAAGUUAGAUUACAUUAAGUUUUUCUCCAAAUCUGAAUAUUCCUUUUACAACCGACCUUUGAUUGAUAGUGAGAGAUAGUUAAUUUGAAGAUGUUUAUCAUUUUGUUUUUUGAUUGGCCAGUAGAAAUAAUUACAGAGCAAAAUGACAAAAGUUAUACGAUAAGGUCGUUUGUAGACAGAAGUUUGGUUUGGUGUUGUUAUUUGCAUUGAUGGGUUUAAGAAUUUGGUAACAGAUUCAUUUUAGUAUUUUCCUCAAUGUUGUAUUGUUUCUCUGAUCUCCUCUUGCUUUUGAGUGUUUACUGGGAAUUUCAGAAGUAUAAAAGUCCUGAAAAAAUGUAGACAUUUCAGAAACUUCCAUACACUGAAGUUGAAAACAUUUUCUUGAUAGGUCUAUUUUCUUGUAUUCAUUUUGUUCUUAUAUUGUGGAAAAAUCUUUAUAAAGUAUAGGGCAUGUAUAAAAGACUCAAAAGUGUAUAGGAUCUGUCAGUACAAAUAGAUAGCGUAUGAUAAAUUAAUCUGUAUCAUACAGAUGUUUUAGAUAGAGUAUGAUAAAUUAAUCUGCAUCAUACAGAUGUUUUAGAUAGAGUAUGAUAAAUUAAUCUGCAUCAUACAGAUGUUUUAGAAAGAGUAUGAUAAAUUAAUCUGCAUCAUACAGAUGUUUUAGAUAGAGUAUGAUAAAUUAAUCUGCAUCAUACAGAUGUUUUGGUUUUUUUAUUGGCUAUUAUAUAACAUUGAUAUAAUGGAAGAAUGGAACUUUGUUAGAUAUUAGAAUUAAUCCUGAUUUCAAGUUGUCAUUUCAAAGUCGGAAAUUUAUAAACGUCGUAGAUUAUCAGAAGUUCUAAGAGUUAUUUUUAACAGGAGAUUGUAUUUUAUACAAAGUGAAAGUACUUUCUCAUCCAGGUAAAAACUAUCUUUUAAAGGCAUUUUAUCUUCAACAAUAUUGUCCACCUCCUUAGUUGAAUUACAACACUAAAAUAUGGGCUGUUUACAUUAUAAAGACCCAGGAUGUGUUGUAAUUCCUCUGUACUAUAGAGUUUUAAACUAUCAAACACUCCACUGUUAUCGUUCAUGUCUGGAGUGGAAAAAAUGUACAUGUCAUGUUUAGCUGAUUGGGUUCCGAGCAGCAUAGCUUGGAUUUCGAACUGCAGAGAUCUGUAUGUGAGGAUUAAAUGGACAUGUUGCAGCCCUAUACACUCAUGUUAGUUUUAGUCUGGUGUAAAAGUCGAAUACAGUAUUCCUCCCCAAUUGGGUUUACUGUGCUGUAAGCUUUUCAAUUUAAAUACUAGGUGGCGCUCAGGUAUUAUAUAGAUGGCGCUUUUCAUUCAGAAAAAUACAAACUUAUUGUCAAUCAUGUUUCAAGUUACAUUGAGAAAUAAAUUGUUUAAAAAGAUA